UCUAAAUUGAUCAGACAUUUGCCUCUGAAUAGUUAAGCAAUAUACUAGUUCUUAAUGGUUCAGACCUCUUACUGGUUCAGCACUUAAUGGUUCAGACCUCUUACUGGUUCAAGCACUUACGUAUUCAGAAGUUGUCAAACAGCCCCUAACUGAAAGUUCAAUCGUAGCAUGUUAUAUUCCUCUAAUCUGAUUUUAUUAAGAGAGGAAGAGAAAUGUGGAAGAAUCUACUGAGUAAGCUUCCUAAAAAAUCAGUGAAACAUGAUUCAGUGAAUUCUCCCAGGAACAAUUCGGACUCAAAUGGGGGUUUGGGCCGGGCAGGUAGCACGCCUAGGAAGAUGUCUUCUGCUGUGUUUCCUGCAAGUGUUAUAUCAGGCAUUGAACCUCUGGUCUCCUUUAAGGAUGUUCCUACCUCUGAAAAGAUGAAUCUUUUCAUCAGUAAGUUAAGCCUCUGCUGUGUAGUUUUCGAUUUCACUGAUCCCAGUAAGAACACGGCCGAGAAGGAGCUGAAACGGGCCACAUUGAUUGAGCUUUUGGAUUUCGUUUGUUCUAAUCCACCGAAAUUCACUGAGCCUGCAAUUCAUGCAAUGUGUAAGACUUGUGCUGUUAAUUUAUUCCGUGUCUUCCCACCAAACUAUCGGUCAUCCAACGGACAAGGGAAUGAAAACGACGAUGACGAGCCGACUUUUGACCCCGCGUGGCCCCACUUGCAAAUCAUGUAUGAUCUGUUGCUUAGGUUUGUCACUUCUUCUUCACUAGAAGCAAAGGUUGCGAAGAAGUACAUUAAUCAUUCCUUCAUUUUGAGAUUGCUUGAUUUGUUUGAUUCUGAAGACCCGAGGGAAAGGGAGUGCUUAAAAGCCAUUUUGCAUAGGAUUUACGGGAAGUUCAUGGUCCACCGGCCCUUUAUCAGGAAGAGCAUAAGCAAUGUGUUUUACCAAUUCGUGAUUGAGUCUGAGAAACACAAUGGGAUUUCUGAAAUGUUGGAAAUUUUUGGGAGUGUCAUUACUGGUUUUGCAUUGCCGUUGAAGGAAGAGCAUAAGAUCUUUUUGUGGAGGGCUCUUAUCCCCUUGCACAAACCAAAAUCUUUGGCUGUCUAUUUUCAGCAGUUAUCGUAUUGUGUUUCUCAGUUCAUAGAGAAGGAUCCCAAGUUAGCUAGCAUUGUGAUUCGGGGUUUGUUAGACUACUGGCCAAUCACAAAUAGCCAGAAGGAGGUUAUGUUCUUGGGUGAGGUGGAAGAGAUUCUUGAAGUUAUUACAAUGGAUGAAUUCCAAAAGAUAAUGGUUCCGUUGUUCUGGCGGAUUGGGUGCUGCGUAAGCAGUUACCAUUUUCAGGUAGCAGAAAGGGCUCUUUUCCUAUGGAACAAUGACCAGAUUGUCACUUUGAUCGCACACAACCGACAUGCCAUACUGCCCAUCCUGUUCCCGGCCCUGGAGAACAACGCCCGGUCCCACUGGAACCAGGCCGUCCAGAGCCUGACUCUGAACAUAAGGAAACUGUUUGUUGAAAUGGACGACGAGCUAUUCUGGGCCUGCCAGGCCCAAUACAAGGAAGAGCAGCAGAAGUUAGCCUCCCUGGCCCUAAAGCGCAAGAAAGAAUGGGAACGGCUCGAGAGUCAGGCCCAGCUGCUGCCCAUAGCAGGGAACACCGCCGUUCUGGUAACACCUUCAGCAACUAAAAUGGCUUGUUGAAUAAGAGGACCCCACCACGGCUUCCAUCUUGAUCGACAACCUUGGUUUAGGAAAUUUAAGAACCAUGAUGUUACAUGGUUUC